AUGGCUCUUCCCAAAUCCGAGUAUCUCAGCGAUGUCUGGAAAGACGGUUUAUUCAAGGACAAGGUGGUUUUCUGUACUGGCGGAGCAGGCACAAUAUGCAGCGCGCAGGUCCGCGCUCUUGUCCAUCUCGGAGCCAAUGCCUGCAUUGUCGGGCGCAAUGUCGAGAAAUCCGAGAAAAUGGCGUUGAAUAUUGCUACCGCGCGCGCCGGCGCAAAAGUCAUUGGUGUUGGCGCUACAGAUGUUCGCAGCUUCGAGAGCUUAAAGGCCGCAGUCGACCGUUGCGUUAAGGAAUUAGGCGGAAUUGAUUUUGUGAUAGCUGGUGCUGCAGGGAAUUUUCUAGCCUCGAUUAAUCAGCUCUCCCCCAACGCCUUCAAGUCGGUCAUGGACAUUGAUGUCCUAGGCUCCUUCAACACCGCCAAGGCAACACUUCCCUACCUGCAGCAGUCUGCAGCGAGGCACACAGUUGACCCGAAAUCUUUGCAACCAUCCCCUCGCGGUACUGGGGGUAGAAUCAUUUUUGUCAGCGCCACCAUGCAUUAUACGGGGGUGCCUUUUCAGACCCAUGUUACUGUGGCGAAAGCGGGCGUUGACGCCUUGUCAAACAAUAUCGCGCUGGAAUUCGGUCCGUUGGGUGUCACCUCGAAUGUUAUUUCCCCGGGGCCAAUCGCCAACACGGAGGGCGUUGAACGUCUUCUGCCCAGCCAUGCCAAAGAAGAAUCUAGGAGAGCACAGCCUCUUGGCCGUUAUGGCACAAUCAGAGAUAUCGCCGAUGCUACAGUAUACCUAUUCUCCGAUGCCGGUAGCUAUGUGGCCGGGCAUGUGCUUGUUGUGGACGGGGCUUCCUGGCGCAUGCCCUCUGCCUCGAUCGGAGCCAACAUGAAAUACCCGGACAUGCUCCUGUCGGGAGAAGCUGUAGCCAACGUCAAGGGACAGAAGAAGGCCAAGCUGUGA